AAAUUAGCUGCUUCGGGGUCCAGUUUGGUGUCAGCCAUGAAAACUUCUGCACAACCACGAGCGUCACUUUCGGGGGAAAAACUGAGCCGUGCUACCCUUAAAAAAACAAACAAACAAAAAAAACAGCUUCGGCUUUAGCUUCGGCAGGACGGACGGUUCGGAGGAAACGCCGACCCUCGACGACCAUUAGCGGGGAAAAGCCGUUAAAAGUGGAGCGACGCGACGCUCGAGCUGGAAGGUUCUACAAAAAUAACGUUCGGGCUCCGCGAAGCGUUCAGACCGAAGCCGAGCGGGACCUUCGCUAAAACCCACUAUUGCUGGCUUUAAAAAAGUCACAUAUUUACCGUGAAUUUGUCGGGAAUUCAACAACUUUUAACCGAGCAUCCGCGGCUGUCUGUUGUGUGCGUCAAAUUUAAAUGUAGCCUUGUCGAAACAAUGGUGGAGAGAGAUGAGUCAGGCUGAGCAGGUGCCUGAGGACGUGCCUGCAUACCUCAACGAUGAGCCAGUCGCUACAGAUAACAACAAGGACCACCCAGAGGCACAGCCGGGCAUGUUCGGCAGGCUGGCGGGGGGCUUGUACGGCGCCACCAAGGGAGUGGUGGGAGCGACGGUGGGCGGUGUGACCUGGAUAGGAGGGAAGAGCCUGGACCUCACCAAGACUGCGGUCAUCUCUGUGGCCUCUGUGCCUGGAGCGGGAGUCCAGCUGGUUAAAGGGGGAGUGUGCGCCGUGGCUGGAGGAGUGACUGCCGUGGGCUCUGCAGUGGUCAGCAAAGUUCCCAUAGGGGGAAGCAAAAAGAAGGACAAGUCUGACUGAUGGGGGACGGAGAGGAGGGAACACACACAGCUGAGUUGUAUGACUCGCACUGCGUUUGCUUGUUUUAGCAUACGUAAGCAGGAAAAGAGCAAGCGAGGACUCAAAGUUCAUCAGUGUGCACGUUUUGGUGUUGGUUCUGUGCUCUUUGUUUUUUUUUUUUUCUUCUUUUGUUUCAUUUUUUUAAAUGUGUUUUGUUGUUAAACCCACGUUCAUACAAUUACGUGGCAAAGAUUUAUACAACAGCAGCGUAACAAAGACUCUCCUUCUCUGUUGUUCAAGGAAAACACACCAGACUUUUUUCCACCUGUGCCUGAAAUUUCUCAAUUCAUCUAACUUUGUCAAUAAGCCACAAUGUUGUUUUCACUCUAAGUUGUCGUCGUUCGCAUUAGUUAACUUUAACAUUAGGAGCAAACAGCACAGUAGCAGAAGUUAAACGUCACCUGCAAGACAAUCAGUGAUGAUCUAUAACUGACAAUGAGGUGUUUCUUGGAGAUUUUAAAUAUUUCACUGUUAAAUUGAUCUGGGAAUGCUCACAGUGGGAUUUUAAGAUAUUAAAAGUCCAGUUUAAUAUCGUAACUAUUUUCCAGCAGUUGAUAUUUCACUGUUGAGUUCCUGUGACAGUUUCCGUUUUCUUCUGUAUUCAUAUCACCCUCUGGUGGUUACAAUCUGAGCUCAGUGGAAGGCAGCUCCUGCUUUUGAUACAGAAUACGAUUUAUUACAAUAAAUAUUGUGCCACAGUAUGAGAGUAUAUUAUUUGCAAUAACCUUCUGCCCAGUUUAAUAGUUUCUCCUUUACUUUGUGUAAGUGUUAUGACAUGUCUGUUGGAAAAUACAGAACCUAGGACACACUCAGAAGCUUCAAACAUACGCUAAUUUCACCGACCACACAAGAGUUUUCAAUCGUAGUGUUUCACUAAGCUCAUCUGUUACGAGUCACGAUGUUUACUGUUCACACUAGGAACCUGAUGGCUGGAUUUCUUGACAUUACCUUCUGAGUUUCAAGUGUCAAGUACAUUUUAAAGAUAAAAACCUGUAAAACAAAAAAAAAAAAACACAACUUUUGUUACUCUGCUUUGUAUCGUGCAGCAGUAAGGUUGCAAAGCUUUUAUUUUUACCAGUGUCUCAUGUCAGGAUGUUUUGAACAUUAUUGACACAGGGGCAAUAUUAUAUUCAGAACUUGUUUAAAUAAAAUAACUGGAGGUUUU